AUGACUAGUUCGAGCAGGAGUAGAUCGACUGAUGAAGUUGACGAAAAGGCACAACAUCUUAAUGUCGUUACCAAUACACAAACACUGGUGGAGGACGAGGACUAUGACUAUGAAGAUCCGAGAAACUAUAGUACAUCCUAUGUUGAUGAGUACAAUCCUAGAGGAUUGAGAGUGCCCACUAAAUCCGAACUGCAAACUUUGAGAAAAGUUAUUGGUAAUAUCCAAUACUCCAUCAUGCUUAUUUUCCUUGUUGAGUUUGCUGAAAGAGCAAGUUACUAUGGAUCAACGGUGCUUAUUUCGAAUAUGGUACAAAGACCAGUCCCAGUAGACAGUCCACAUGGUUGGGGAGCUGUUAAUCAGAAUGUUCCCGGCCAUGAAGAUAUGUCGCCUGGUGCGUUCAACCAAGGUCUUCAAGCUGCAAGUGCAUUGUCCAACUUGAUCACAUUCUUGGCGUAUGUUGUUCCGUUAUUUGGUGGUUAUUUUGCUGAUACCAAGUUUGGAAGAUGGAAAGUAAUUCAAUGGGGUGUUGUUUUUGGUGGUAUUGCCCAUGUCUUGUUUAUUGUCUCUGUGGCCCCAGCAGUGAUCAAGAAUGGAAAAGCUGGUUUGGCUGUAUGUGUUAUUGCAAUUAUUUUCUUGGCCUUGGGAACUGGAUGCAUCAAAGCAAAUCUUUUGCCCUUGAUGCUUGAUCAGUACCCUGAAUCGGGAGACAGAGUUAAGGUGCUUAAAACUGGGGAAAAUGUUAUCAUUAGUAAGGAUGCUUCCUUUGAAAGAAUUACCACUAUGUUUUACCUCAGUAUCAAUAUUGGUGCAUUUUUCAUGCUUGCCACUUCGUAUUGUGAGCGUCUUGUUGGCUUUUGGUUAGCAUUCUUUGUGCCGCUCGUGUUGUAUUUACUUAUGCCAAUUGUGUUUUACGUUGUUAAACCCAAGUUGAAGUUUGAAACACCUGCUGGCUCCCACAUGACCCAAAUGCUCAAGAUUUUGGUGAUUUCAUUUAGCGGCAACUUUAUCAAACGUAUUGUUAAUGGAACAUUUUGGGAAUAUGCAAAACCAAGCAAUAUGAGAGCAAGAGGCAGAGAAUACUACAAUAGCAAAAAGCAGACUCCAAUCAAUUGGACUGAUCAAUUGGUUAUCGAUGUUAAGCAAACGCUUGACUCGUGUAAGAUUUUUGCCUAUUUUAUUAUUUUCAACUUGGCAGACAAUGGUUUGGGCUCAGUUGAAAACUCAUUGAUUGGUGCAAUGAAGCUUGAUGGAGUUCCAAAUGACUUGUUCAACAAUUUCAACCCAUUAACCAUUAUUGUGCUUAUCCCAAUCCUUGAUCGUCUUGUAUACCCAUUAUUGAGGAAGUUGAAGAUUCCAUUUAGACCAAUUUGGAAAAUUGCUUUUGGGUUUAUCAUUUGUGCCAUGUCACAAGUUGCUGGUGCCGUAUUGCAACACAAGGUUUAUCAACAAUCACCAUGUGGAAACCACAGUACAAACUGUGAUCUGCCUGCCCCCAUUUCUGCAUGGCAAGCGCUGUCUCUUUAUAUUCUUGCCGCUGCAGGUGAAUGUUUUGCAAUGACAACGAUUUACGAGCUUGCUUAUACCAGAGCACCACCAUCAAUGAAAGGUACUGUUAUGGCGUUGAUGUUAUUUAGUUCUGCAAUCAGUGCUGCUAUUUCAUUGGCAAUCACUCCUGCAUUGAAAGAUCCAUACUUGGUUUGGGUGUUUGUGGCCAUUGCCAUUGCUACAGUUGUCGCAGCCAUUGUAUUAUUUUUCCAAUUUUUCAAUUUGCACAAGGUUAUGGCGGCCGAGGAAGCUGAAAGAGAGAGAUUGGAUAAGCUUGCCGAGGAAAACAAAAUCGAAGUUGAAGGUCAAACUGAACAAGAACCACUUACAUUGAUUAAAUCAAUCAAUUCCUUUGGUGAUGACGACCACCCAGUAGAGGCCAUUACAUCGUUGAAAGCACAAGUGGGAAGGUAA